CCAACUUUUUCUUGUCAAAUGAAUAUUUUGAUUUCUACUUAAUCAGAAAUUUAAUCAAAAUAAAUAUUUUCUGGAAUUUCAUAUUUAAUUUCUUCAUUUGAGGAUCAAAAUGGAAAACCAUAAACAUCAAAUCAAAAAACAUCUUACAACAAUUUUGACUUACGAGCCAGAAGAAAACAUACUGGACUAUUUAUUAGGAAUUAAAACCGAAGCUGACUUUGAAGAUUUCACUCAUGAUAUAAUGGAUCUUCAGAACACUGCACAUCAAAGAGCAUAUAAUGCUAUCCGAGAUAUAUUAUUUAGGAAUAAGAAUGUAAAACCCAAUAAUAAAAAUAACAGUGGGAACUCAAAAGUUAAAGUUGACCUUAUUCAAAGGGAGAGAGCUCCUGAACAUUCCAUUGGUAAAAAUAAGAAUGUUUCCAAAGGGAAAAAAAAAUUUCAAGAUAUCAAACAAUUUAAGGAGAAAGAAAAAAUCAAGAAAGGACGGACUGAAUGUAAUUGCCAAGGGCAAGAACAUGGUUUCAUGAAUAAUUGUCUAAAUUGUGGCAGAAUACAUUGUUUAGAGGAGGGUCCAGGGCCUUGCUUUUUCUGUGGAAACUAUUUGAGCGAGUCUGGUCGUAAUGAAAUUUCAGCAAACUUUGCCCCAAAAGAAAAUAAGAUCUACGAUGAUGACAAUGAUUAUUUCAAAAUCAAACGGGAUGAAAAUAAGAAGAAAAAGUCUAUGGUGAUAGCCUUGGAUUUUGCUACAAGAAGAGUUAUCGAGUCUACGGAAGAAGACGAAAGGUUGAGAAAAAAAAUGUUGGAAGACUGCAAAAAACACUUGAAAAAUGUUGAGCAGCUGUUUAAAAAUCUGCAAAAAUCAUCAGAGUAUAAGCCAGUUGCAAAUUUACAUGAAGAGAUGGUCAAUCUUCUGCUGCGGAUGAGACAUGCAAAACCAGCCGGAAUUGAACCUGACCUCGAAAAAGAAGAUUCACUUAUGCCGGAUUUAACGUUCAAAACCAAAUUGUUUUCAGAAGGUUUCGACCAAGGUUUAUGCUUGAGUAUGCACCAACCAUAUGCCAGUUUAUUAAUAGCUGGGGUUAAAAAACACGAAGGGAGAAAUUGGCCGACAAAUCAUAGGGGUAUAUUAUGGAUAGCCGCUGCUGCACAUAAACCCGAACCUGAGGAAAUAUCCGACGUCGAAAAGUUUUACAGGGAGUACUAUAACGAUCCCAGUUUGAAAUUUCCCACGAGUUAUCCUACCAGUUGUUUGUUGGGUUGUGUAGAAGUGGAGGAUUGUCUAAAUCAGGAAGUCUACAGGAAGCAGUAUCCGGUUGGGGAGAGCGGGAGUCCCUUCGUUCUGAUUUGCGAGAACCCAAUAAUUCUGCCGAUCUUUUAUCCCAUCGUUGGACAACAUAAGAUAUAUCCUUUGGAUAAGGAUUUGCACAAAUGCGCUAAAAUGUGUUUGAGAUUCGCUAACCUCAUGGAUGGUUGAAUAAAAGCUUGUUAAAACGAAUACAAUUUUAUAAUACAAAUAUGAUGAUUUCAUAAAAAACUAUGUAAAAAAUAAAUUAUUCAAAUGUUUCAAUAAAAGGUAUAAAAAUA